AUGGGGGAGGGCAAGUCUUCAGUGAUCGUGCAGAUCGUUGCUGUACAUCUGGCCGACGGAACAAGACUUGUCUGCGUAAUCGUCGCAAAGCCACAGUCCAAGCAGAUGCGACACAUGCUGGUCACCAAGUUGGGCGGGCUCCUUGAUCGGCAGGUGCAUUUCCUGCCGUUUUCGCGAUCAGUAAUCAUGGAUCACCAGAAGCUCGAGUUGAUCAGGAAUAUGUUGCAAUCAUGCAUGACAAAUGGCGGUGUCCUCAUGAUACAGCCUGAAGAGGUGCUCUCGUUCAAGCUGAUGGGCUUGGAGCUCGUCGGCACCAACACAACGGGAAGGUCGGAUGCAGCUCUUGGGAAGGGCAUGGUUCGCUUGCAACAAUAUGUCGAAGACCAUUCGCGCUACAUUAUUGACGAGAGUGAUGAGAACUUCAGCGUCAAGUUCGAGCUAGUCUACACCAUUGGAAUGCAAAAAGCCAUCGACAUGAGCCCCGAGCGCUGGAUCAUCAUUCAAGAGGUCCUAGGUCUUAUCAACUCGUAUGCUUCCGAGGCCAUGCACCAACAUCCCGAUGGUAUUUUACGGGCACCUGGACGGAACGGGCAGUUCCCGCUACUGCGCUUCCUGCGAGUAGCCGCUGCAGACUCUUUGCUCCAGUCUGUCGCCCGGCACAUUCGUGACAAGGGAAUCCACGGUCUCGCGCUUGCCCACCAAAGUUCCCAAGUUCGGCAAAUUGUGUUCAAGUACAUUACACAGGUCGGCAUGGACGAGGAUGACGUUCGUCUGGGAGAGACCGGAAGACAUGGCUUCUUCUCCGACAAAAUCCGCAACGUCCUCUACCUGCUGAAAGGCUUGUUCGUAGGGGGCGUCCUAGCAUUUGCUUUUGGCCAGAAACGAUGGCGUGUGAAUUACGGCAUCGCCAAACGCAGUCUGCCAACUAUGCUAGCCGUCCCUUACCGCGCAAAGGACUCGCCAGCACCGAGGUCCGAGUUCAGCCAUCCAGACAUAGUCAUAGUUCUUACGUGUUUAAGCCACUAUUAUGGUGGCUUGUCAGAAGAGGCGCUUGACACGGCAUUUGAGCAGCUGGGACGAUCCGACCAAGGCUCCAUGGCAUAUGGAGAUUGGGUGAAGGAGUCUCCUAGCCUGGAGCAGGUCUACCACCAGCUUGCCGGGGUCAACCUCAAGGACCGCGCUCAGUGUGUCGCGCGUGUGUAUCCGGCAUUGCGACAAACCAAGACCGUCGUUGACUUCUACCUCCGCACUGUCGUAUUUCCACAGGAGAUGGUCGAGUUCCCCAAAAAGUUGUCUGCCUCUGGCUGGGACUUGGCGAGGCCUAAACGACACCCCAUCACGGGUUUCAGCGGUACUUGCGACUCGAAAUUGGUUCUGCCAAUCGAGGUAGAACACAUUGAUCUACCGGAGUAA